AUGCAGGACGGAGCGGCACCGGCCACGAUGCCGAUUCGGCUUCGUACGUCGAUUCCAGGCUGCUCGAUCCCGUAUGUGCCGUAUAUGGUGCCGGUAACGUGGCGCCGCUCGCAGCUUUCGACGCUUGUGAACAAGGUGCUAGCGACGGCGCAAGAUGAUCGCGAAGCGUAUACGUCUGUACCGUUUGACUUUAUUGUGGAUGGCACGCUAUUGCGGUGCUCGUUGGAGGAGUACCUUGCGCAGCAGGGGCAUAGUGCUGAGACGACGCUGGAGCUGGAAUAUAUCAAGAGCACCAUGCCGCCGGCCUAUAAGGAUGCGGCGCGGCAGGACGACUGGGUUGCGUCGGUGGACGCGGGGCGGCCUGGCGCGAUUUUGACGGCCUCGUAUGAUGGUAUUGUGCGUGUGUAUGAGGCGGAAGCUUUGCAGAAGGAGCCGUAUGCAUAUACGCCGGCGUACGCGUCGUCAGUUUCGUUGACGUCGGCCAAGUGGCUUGGCGCGGAUGCGGUGGUGACGGGCAGUAUGUCGGGCACGGUGGCCGUGUGGCGAGUGCCUGGCCAGGAGAGCAAGACGGUGCCUGUGCUCCAGGCUGCUGAGCUGGAGCACCAUACGUCGCCUGUCUCGUCGGUGGAUGUGGCGCCGACGGCCUCGGCGGACCGUGUGGCGGUGCUGAGUGCGGGGUGGGACGGUUCGGUGGCGCUGUGGGAUGUGCCAUCGGAUGCGCGCUUUGCGACGUCUUCGGAUGGGAGCAAGAAGCGUCGUAAGCACGCACAGGGUGCUGAGGAUGUGGAUACGGGUGCGGCUGUACCGGUGCCGCUGGCGCCGACGAUGGUGCUGCAGCAUGUGGCGCCGUCGCUGGGUGCGACGGCAGCGCGGGCGCUGAGCACGGCGCCGACGCCUGGGCCGAAUGCGCGUACGCUGGCGGCGUUGGCUGAUGGCGACCGCCGGAUCUGGAGUGCGGCGUGGGAUGGCAGUGUGAAGAGCUGGGACGUGGCGUCGGGUGGGUUGUUGCAGGGCCAGAAGCAGACGGACAAGGUGCCGCUGUGCCUGGAUCCGCUCUUGGCGCAUGCGGAGCUCGUGUGUGGGCACAUGGACCAUUCGCUGGCGAUGUACGACUUCCGCGAUGCUGUAUCGAAUGCGGCUGUGGCGAUGUCGGGCGCUCAUGCGGCGCCUGUGAGUGCGGUGCGAGUGCAUCCGACGCAGGUGCACCUAUUUGCGUCGGGUGCGUACGAUGGGCGCAUCAAGGUGUGGGAUGUGCGCUCGCCGCGGCAGGCGCUCUUUGCUGUGUCGGAUCCGAUGGCUGCGAGCCGUGAUGGAGGCGCGUCGCGUAAGGUGCUGGGUCUGGACUGGACGCCGCGAGGCGAUGCGCUGGUCGCGGGUGGUGAGGACUGUCGUGUGUGUCUAUACCAGGGUACGUAG